AUGGAGCCAAAGCACAAGCUGCUGAUGGUGUUUUUGGCAGCCGCUGUUGGCGCCAGCCUCACCACCAACAUUGGUGCUUCCCAGCCGGGGCGGCAGCCUGAGGGAGUGGCACAGCUGCUGCUGCGCUGCGUCUGGCGUGUGCCGGGGGCCGGGCCGCGCAUCA